AUGUCAACACAGAAGAUAGAUCCCUCUAAAAGAGCAAACCUCCUCACUUCCCCGAAUAACAAGUUCACAUUUAAGCUAGAUGAAAUAAUGGACUGGGUUAUUCGAGCAGCAAAGAAGAAGACUGAACAACCGGCAGGUGGGUCUCGAUCUAUUGUCGAGUCAUUAAACGUGUUCAAUAACGUUGAUUCAGAUUAUCGCUCCCAACUCAAUUCCAUUUUAAAUGAGUCCAAUUCAUGGUUGAAUGAUCAGACAUUUUUAUUCGAUGAAAAACUAAAUAAAUUGGAGUUGGGACGUUCUGAGAUCCCGACUUUAAGAAAGAAAACGGUACAACCGUCCAUGGAACUGGCCUCACCUAUAACAGAACAUCAUCAUAUUAAUAUAUUACCUCAACCUCCACUAACAAUUCCAGAUUCCCAUCUUGAUGAAAAUAAUGGAACUACUCCCUCGAGGGACCCACACGAUUUCCCCGGUCUUACUCCUAAAUCACUUCCACCUGGAGUGGAAUUUGCAGCAGAGGAAGAAAAUGAGAAAUCGAACAACAAAACCAACCAAAUUGUGGAAGAAAAGACUACUUCACAAGAUAAACCUUCACCAUGGUCGCCAUUUAAAGUAGAACAAACGUUGAAAUCAGUAAUGCUCACAACCAAUACAUCACCCAUUAGCAACAAAGCAGUUUCCGCGGCUAAAUCCUCAAUGGUAAGUAAAACAACAAAUUCGGAAGUUGAUGGCAAUAGAGAACGUAUUAGGAAUGCAAGAAUUCAAAGAAGGUCAAAUAUGUUUGUACCUCUCCCAAAUAAAGAUCCAUUAGUAGUUCAACAAGAAAGUGCUGUUAAGAUUACUGACGAGAACAAUACAACAUCUUCCUUUAAUCAUCUGCGACAUCGAACUGUUAAAACUAUGGCUAUCAAGAAACCUAUCGCAUCUUCAAAUAAUAUUUCACUUAAUUCGACUGCUGGUUCAACCGGUGGUUCAAGAACAGGUACCAGUAUCUUCGAACGAUUGUCGUCACUUCCGACUAAAUCUUUUGAGAAUAAGAUCACCUCAAAAGUUCCUAGUAGAAAAUUUUCUUCCUCUUCAAUUGAUAUAACUGGCUCACCUUUGAAACGAGCAUCCCCAGUGGCAAAGAAGGGAAACACUAACCUUGAUAACAACAUGCAUGAAACUCUUAAGAAUAUUUUUUCUACCACAAAUAAUAAAAGUCCAACAAAACUUGAGCGUAUAUCAUCACCAGUUAAUAAGGAAAUCCGAAAAUCGUUGAUUUCCGGAGUUGAAAAGAUUCAAAGUAACAAUAACUAUAAACUAGGCGCAAUAGGGGAAGAAAAUGCAAGGACAAAUCGGUCAUCAUAUUCAAUAAAACAAAUAACUAAUACCUCCAAUAGAAUAGCAAAGACUCCAUCAAGAAUACACAAUGGAAGUCAAGUUGUAAAGCAAGGAACAGCUCGAAAGUCGCCCAUGCUUACUGCAAAUAAGCCUUUGCAAGUAUUAACACAAUCACCAAUCUUGAAGCGAAACGCCAAAAUCCAUCCAAAGCAGAGUGUAGGAACUGGUACAAAGGAACAAGUGAAAGUAAAACAUGAUAGAUUAACAAAAUUUCAAUUACUACCAACAGUUGAAUCCGAAAAAAAUGAGAUAAAGAGAAAGUUAAGUCAAAGAUUAUCUGGCGUAAUGAGAACUCAACAGGAGCAACAACGGAGAAGAAAAGAAAAUCAAAGACAUAAAUCUCAUUUAGAGGAAGAACUCCGAAGACGUACCAGAAAACUGACUGAAUUUAGAGAUUCAAAUCAGAAUGAUUCAUAUCAUCACUCGGGCAUAAUACAGACCAAUGCUAAUAAUGAUAAAGUAAAAGCUAAUGGAGAAAAUCCUGUAAACACGCACAACAUUUUACAUGAUAUCGAUACCGUUGAUCAUAGAAACAUUAUUGGAGGACCAACGUCCUACCCAAAUAGUUUAACGAAGACAGAUGAUACGACAACAGGCAAUCAAUCCCUACCAGAAAUAUAUUCUGAUUCGGAGGAUGAUGACACUGUGACAUUAGCUAAUUGGGCAAGAGCCCCUCAAUUACAAGAACAGCUAUUAUCACAACAAAGUUGGGAUCCCAAACUUAUCUUUGGGCCAAUACCACCAUUGCAUACAGACGAAGUCUUUAUGACCUCAAGGCUAAAUAAAUUAAAACCUGGCAAGCUACUAGCACCAAAAAAGCUAUAA